CAACGGUCCAAUUUUCCCUAACAUCUCUCUCUUUUCUCUCUACAAAUUCAAAGCGCGGAACAGAACGAACAUUUUCUUUACCUCGAAAAAUUAGAAAACAAAAAACAGAUCUCAGGAGAAAAUUCACCAUUCUUAUCCGCCACGGAAUACUUUCGGAGCACCGAUUCAUUGGGGUUUCUUUGAUUUAUCUUCUCACAUCUUCGUUGAUUGAGGAAAAUAAGCACUGUAUGUGCUAACAGGAUCGCGUCAGCAUGACUAAUGUUCGAAAUGAUCCAAUCUUACAAAUGGAAACAACAUGUGGAACACUUUUACACGAACUUCAGAUCAUUUGGGAUGAAGUUGGGGAAUCUGAGACCACAAGGGACAAAAUGUUGCUUGAGGUUGAACAAGAGUGCUUAGAAGUUUAUAGAAGAAAAGUAGACCAUGCAAACCGCUUUAGAGCUCAGCUAAGGCAGGCAAUUGCUGAUUCUGAAGCAGAAUUGGCUGCCAUCUGCUCUGCAAUGGGAGAGAGACCAGUACAUACGAGGCAGGCUGAUCAAAAGACUGGAACCUUGAAAGAAGAGAUGGCCCGUGUUCUUCCACAAGUGGAUGAAAUGCGGAAAAGAAAAGUAGAUAGAAGAAAUCAAUUUUUAGAAGUUCUAGAUCAAAUACUGAAGAUAUCCUACGAGAUUUAUGGAUCAAAAUUUUCACAUUCCAGUGUAGCUAUUGAUGAAAAUGAUUUAUCAUUGAGGAAGCUAGAAGAACUACAAGAACAAUUACAUACACUACAGAAGGAGAAGAGUGACCGGCAGAUGGUUGUUCAGGACCACCUUCAUACUCUAAACUUGCUUUGUUUAGUGCUUGGGAUGGAUUUCAAGCAAACAGUGAAUGGAUUUCAUCCCAAUUUGGGUGACCCAGAUGGAACUUUUAGCAUAACUAAUGAAUCAAUUGAAACUCUGGCUGCUGCAAUAACUAAUUUGCGUGAGGUCAAACUACGAAGAAUGCAGCGGCUCCAAGACCUUGCUACAACUUUGUUGGAGCUUUGGCAUCUAAUGGAUACACCAAUGGAAGAACAACAGUUGUUUCAGAACGUAACAUGCAAUAUAGCAGCUUCAGAAGAUGAAAUAAAUGAGCCCAAUAGUCUCUCUGUGGACGCAAUUGAUUCUGUUGAAGCAGAAGUGUCUCGGUUAGAAGAGUUAAAAUCAAGCAAGAUGAAAGAACUUGUUUUGAAGAAGAGGUCAGAGCUGGAUGAGAUUUGUAGAAAAACACACUUGGUCCUGGAAGAAGAUAAAAUAGUGGAAUACGCAAUUGAAACUAUCGACUCCGGAGAGGUUGACCCUGCCAUUAUUCUUGAGCAAAUUGAGCUUCAGAUAGCCAGGGUUAAAGAGGAAGCGUUUGUCAGGAAAGAAAUACUAGAAAGAGUUGAGAAAUGGUUGACUUCCUGUGAUGAGGAGUGUUGGCUCGAGGAGUAUAAUAGGGAUGAAAAUAGAUAUAAUGCUGGUAGAGGGGCUCAUCUCAUUCUCAAACGCGCAGAGAAGGCUCGAGCUUUGGUUAAUAAGCUUCCAGGAAUGGUGGAUGCAUUAACUUCAAAAACAAUGGCAUGGGAGAAGGAAAGAGGCAUUGAGUUUACAUACGAUGGAGUCAGUCUGCUUAGUAUGCUUGAAGAGUAUUCCGUAUUAAGGCAAGAGAAAGAGCAGGAGCGUCGCAGGCUGCGGGAUCAGAAGAAACUCCAGGGACAGUUAAUAGCAGAACAGGAAGUUCUUUAUGGAUCGAAGCCAAGCCCCUCAAAACCCCAGAGUGUUAAAAAAGCUCCCAGAGCUUCAGCUGCAGGUGCUGCAAAUAGUAGAAGGCUUUCUCUUGGAGGAACAAUGCACCAAACACCCAAGGCAACACCUCAGUCACGCCCAUCUAGGAAGGGUGAUCAGCUGAAUGAUCAAAACUUUCAAUAUGAUGAAGGAUUUGGAGUUCCAGCCGGCCGAAGAGAACUUGACUUUUCUAAUCAACCUGCAAGCCACAAUAACUCGCUUGCCAAUGCUCGUGAACCCGAGUUGGUGAUUCGAAAACCUUUUGCACCAAUUGCUUCCACAGUUCAACCAAAGACAAACACGACAAACUCGAUCGAUAAUGCAAACACAGCAUCUAGUGAACCGUUGCAGAAAACAAACCCGACUAGUACUGUGCCAUUUAUUACUACCACACCUUUGAAGAAAAUCUCAGUUGCUACAGAUGAAGACCAAAACAUGACUCCAAAGGCAAUGUCAAUCCCAGAACCAUCCACCCCUUCAACUCUAUCAGUUGCAAUGCAGACCGCUACAACUCCAGCAGUUGCCCCGCCUCCUCCUGCUUUCAAAGCCGAGGAAAUUCCUGAAGACAACGUUGAAUAUUCAUUCGAGGAAAGAAGAGCCGGGUUUGUGCUUCCAAAAACACAUGUAAAAUCAAUUCAAGUUUGAUUGAUAACACAAAUGGUUGGUUUUCCCUCUGGGUUGUGCGAGUUUCAAAUGGCCUUUUAGCAAGUUUGUUAUGGUCAGUUUUUGGGUAGUGUUUGUAGAGCAAACUCUCCAAGUCAAAUUCAAUUGGCAUUUUUUGUGAACUGUGUAUAUUUAAUUAAGAUCAUGGAGAGAUGGAAUUGUGAUGACUCAAUCAAUGUGGGGGAAAACCUUUUCAAACCAUUGUUAUUUUUUAUCCUCUCUUUUGGAUAACAAAUUCAUUGAAAUAAAUUGAUGAUCUACAAGAACUUCUCAA